AUGAAGAACGAAAACAAAAUAACUUUUGAAAGCUCACCUCGACAACUGGAGGACUCCACUGAAGCAAAACGUGCGAAUUUGGAAGGUGAUAUUUGUUACAAUAGAAAGCUUCUUAAAAAGUUAAAUUUAUAUAUAAUACCCAGAGUUACCAUUUUGUACUUGCUUUCCUUUAUAGAUCGAGGCAAUAUCGGAAAUGCUAACAUUGAGUGA